AUUGGCGUUUUAAAUUAAAUGCCAAAAAAUGAUGGUUACAUCAAGUUAAGUUGAAAAUUAGAUGAAAAAUAUCUUCGCCGCGAUGUCCUAAAAAGCAUAAAUUUUUAAUAAUGGACGUAGAUUCCUUGAUAUGCCUGAACUCGGUCGAAAAAAGUAGCUUUGAUAUACUGAGAUUGAAAAACGCGAAAAAAAGUCUCAGCGAAAUUUUCAAAACUUUGGAAGAAUCGAUCGACUUUGCGGUUCAGGACGCCGGCGAGGAUAAAAUUUUACUGAAUUCUGAUCGCAUUCCAAAUUCCUUAGAAAAAAACAGUUCUUCAAUAACAGCUUUAGGCGAUAUCAUUCAAGUUUUUACAUCGACAAUUCAAGAACUAAACAAUAUUUCCGAGAAGAGAAAAACUCAUUUGGAGCCAUCUGAUGAGCUGUUAAUACCAGAUAAAGACGUGAUUACAGAAAAUUCAAACAAAAAUACUAAUCCUCCUGAAAAAAUGAACGACAUUAGAAAUCGUUACCCAGAACUCUUUGACAUUUUCUCCGAAGAAUCAAAGUCUCAAAUCUCAAAUUUGGGUUUGCAAUCCGAAAUUAAAGCAUCCGAAAAAUGUGUGAAAAAUUUAGAUGGCACAUUUCCGAAUUAUUUUCACAACUCUAAAGUCUAUUUCGACGAUGCUGAAGUGACUUCAGAUAAAAAUUCAACUUUUAAACCAAUUAUGAUUGAACAGUUUCAUCAAAAAUCUGUGGGAAGUAUUAAAAAAGAGUUCUUACCUGAGAAGAUGUAUUCUUCAGAUUUUCAAAAUAAUCCUGAAAGAUUAGAAAGAGAAAGUAGAAUUUUUUUAUCUUCAACAGUUUUAACAGCAAGGACCGAAACUUCAAAUUCGUCCUCAGGUUCAUGGGGAACUUUAAAAGACACACCGAGAAACGGUGAAAAUAAUUUUCCUGAAGCUAGUUUUGAUUCUAAAUCGAUUUGUAAAUUAGAAGUUGAUUCAAAGAAAGUGAAUUUGGGAAUUAAAAGUGGAAAACAAAAGUCGAAAACUGGAGAUCGAACUAGAGUUAAAAAGAAAAAAUUAUCUCUCAAUGUCGAAAAAGUUCAAGGGGACACUGCAUUAAAGAAAAGUCGAGUUCUUGCUGUAAAAAGCGACACUGAAAUAAAUAAGGAGGAAAAAAAAGAUAAGAGAAUUUUAAUGAACAUUUUGGAUAUUUUAUUGGAAGUGAAGUCAAAUUUAUUUUCAAACCGAAAAUUCGCAGAUGCAUUACAAGAACGUUUUCAAAAUUCUUCUCUUUUACAAAGUGUCGUUUCUCUUGAUGCAAUCGAGUCUUUGAGUGAAGAAAUUUCUAGGUGCACGAUUAUGAGAAUUAGGAAAAAUCAUGAGGUGAUUAUUGGAUUGGAAGAGUUAUUAUUAGAUAGUGUUUUGAGAUUAGAGGAAGCCGUAAAAGAAGAAAAAGAUUAUUUAAAACAACAAGAAUAUUAUUACAAGCAAUUCUCAGAGUUGUCACAGAAUAAGAGAAGAACUGGAAAUCUUAAAAGAACUACAGUACACACAUUAAUCGGAAAUGACUCUUCACUCUCAUUAACUCAAAAAGAAAAAAUUGAAGAAUUAAUUUUUUACACAAUUUCCUUGAUUCAGAAGAUUUUACCGAAACAGGAUUCCAAAAUUCGAAGCGAAAGCUCCUGUCAAAGAGAUCCAACGAGACAUGUAAAAACAGAAGCAGAUCCCCGGACCCAGAUAGAAAUAUUUUCUAGAAAAAGAAAGAUGGAAGAAAAUUUAAAAAAUGAAAUAGAGAACAAUAGAUCGAAACCAAGAAUGGAUCCAACUUUUAUUAAAGUAAAUCCUGAAACAUUGAAAAUAAAUAAAAAAUAUUUAAGCAAUGAAAAAAUGACAAGGUCGUCCACUCUGGUUAUGGAUGGAAUUAAUAAGGACUCGAAACAGAGUUCGAAUCAAGCAAUAAAAAUGACGAAUAAGGGACGAUGUCAAAAUACGAGUCAACCAAUUUGGAAACCAGCUGGAAAUGUUAAAGCUAAAACAACAGUUCCAGUUCAGGGAAUAUUGAGACAAAAAACACGGCAAAAUUUGCCUUCUGAUAAAAAGGAUGAAAAAUUGAAUGAAGGAGUAACAAGAAAUCAGCAAUCUUCGAAACACCUUUCAGCAAAUGAAUCAACUCGAAAUUCUAAAUUGCACGUACAAAAGUCCUCAACAAACUUAAAAUCUGAUAUACAAAAAAAAUCAGACACCAAAUGUUUCAAAGGCCAGAAAAAGGAAACUCACUGCAAAUCGAAAUCAGAAACACGUGAUUCUAAUUUUCUGUCCAAAAAUCAACAAGAUCCUCAGAAAGAAAAUUGUAACUUAAAUCGACAAGUUUUGAAGACGAAGAGAAAAUUUAAGCAACCAGAAGCAAUUCAAUUGUUAAAGGAACUUAUAAAAAGCACUUCUGAAGAAGAAAACCUGAGUGAUAGAAAAGCAACAUCUUCAAACAGUUUAGAAACCUCUAAAUGUGAUUUAUCAGUUCGGUUUUUAAAAUCCGAAAAUAAAAUAGAUUUUUCUCGUUCAAGUUUCGCUUCCACGUCUAUGAUUAAGCAAGGAAAUUCCAAAAAUCCCUCAAAAGUAGAAUUCAAUGUUCAGAGUUCUGAGAAUAUGAGCAGAUCUGAAAACCCUUUGAAACCCCUAAUUCAACUCGAAGAAGAGAAAAGCAAAGUUUUAAAAACGAGUAGUGCUAGAAUUCCAAAAUCUGUAAGCAAAAAUUCUUUACUAAAGAAUUUUGAUAAGAGUUCAACAUCGCGAAUCAUCGAUUCAAGGUCAAAAACGAUUAUCAAGGAUAAUAAAUUGGAAGAUAAAGAAAGCAACAAUUUAAGUCUUCACUCUUCAAGAUCUAAUUUAUCGAGCUCAGAAACUAGAUUUCCCAAAAAUUAUUUGAAGAAAAAUCCAAGCAAUUCCAGCUAUUUGCAAUCGUAUAUUAAAUUGAAUUCUAGACAGAAUCAUGCUUCGAGUUCUGUAAUUGUGUCUUCAAAAAGUGAAGUAAAAAAAGAGAAGUCUGAAAUUACUUUUGAUCAUCUUUUUGAAAAUGAAGCUGAUGAAGCUGAGGAAAUACAAAUUGAUCAUAAAAUAAAAAGUGAAGAAAAAGAAGCUUCUGAUUCUUCAAAAUCAAAUUUAAUAGAUUCCAAUUUGGAACUUGAUCUUCCAUUUUUACCUGAAACUAUUAAAUCCUCUGAAUCAUUGACCAAGAAUUCUUCUUCAAAAUAUUGUCAGGUUUCUUUCGAACCUUCAAUCUCUUCAAGAAUUUCAGGAGAAACUUGUUCUGAGGAUUUUGAUCAAAAUAUUCAAAAUGUAGAAACAGAAGUGUGUUUUUUAGAUUGUAAAUCUUCUCAACCUUUAAGUGCUCAGAAGAAAAAAGGGUCUUCUAAUAAACAGACGAAAUCGUUUUUAAUUUUGAAAGACAUUCUUCAAAAUCAUGGCCUGGAUGUAGAUUUAGUAGAUGAAGCUGAAAGGAAGUUAAGAUCAAAAGAAAGAGGAACUAAAUCUAUUUAUUACGACAAAGGAGAUGGAACAUUACUAGCAAUUUCUUCCUCAAAAACACUGUUUGAUAAAUUGGCAUCUUUGUCAGAUAGCAGCUUCGAAGAAUUAGAAAUAAAGGAUCUAGAAUCUUUGGACCAAGAAGUUCAAGCUUCAGAAUCUCAAGAAUAUUUCCAGAUAAAGGAAACUUCACUUAGUUCUCUAAGUGCAAAAAAAUCAAGAAGCUCUCAUUCAAAAUAUUCCCUUUUUUUAAGCAACAAACAAGUUGAAUCUUCUGAACAAGCUGGUAUUUUUUCUCAAGCCAGUUUGUCUUCCAAAAAAUCUGAAGAGUCCCAAACUCUUUCUGUCAAGAACAUUUACACUGAGACAGAAAGUUUUUUGGAAAAUCGAGUAUUCACUGAUGUGGAAGUUUCUUGUACUUUGGAAAGUUCUUUUUCAUUGAGAAAAGAAGCGAGCACUGAAGUUUCUUUUGAAAGAUGUUUUGAAGCCGAGACCCAAACGAAUUGUAAUUUAGAAAAAUAUACAAAUACCGAUUUUGAUUGGAUGAAUCAGGAAAUUGAUUCGAAUUUUACUGGAAUAAAUAUUGAGAAAGAAAAAUAUUCAGAAAUGGAUUCUUUUUUGGAAAAUGAAAAACUUUGCAAAAUUAAUGAAGAAAUUUCAGUAAAUUCUUCUUCAAAUGAAAAUAUUAAUGAGGAAGUAACACUUGAGAAGUUUAAAAAAUAUUCUGAAAUAGAAAAUCUCGUCAGGUUUAGUGAAGUUACUGAAGAUAAUUCAUUAAAAGAGAAAAUAGAUAGGAAUAAAAAAAAUGAUCUUGAAGAUACUGAAAAAGAAUCUAAAAAUGACAAUAUAAAAAUUUGCAAGACUCAUCAAGAUCAAGAUUUUAUUGACCCUAAAGAAGAAAAAAAAGAUCAAAAGCAAGAAAUUCAAUUUGAAGAUGUUGAAGAAGAAUCUGGAAAAGACAAUAAAAAAAUUUGCAUAAUUAAUAAAAAUGAUUCUUUUUUAAAAGAAGAAAUGAAUAAUGGAAAUAUAGAAAUUGACCUUAAUGAUAUUGAAGAAGAAUCUAGAAAAGACAAAACAAAUAUUUUCGAGAUUAAUCAAGAUCAAGCGGAUGAUUCAUUUUCAAAAGAAGAAAUAGGUGAUGGUAAUGAAAAAAUUGAACUCGAAACUGUUGUAGAAGAGUCUAGUGAAGACAAUGCAAACAUUUUCAAGAUGUAUCAAGAUCAAGAACGUGAUUAUUUUUCAAAAGAAGAAAUUAUUUUUCAAAAUAUUAAAGAAGAAUCUGAAGAUCAUAAUGCAAAUAUUUGCAGGUUUAUUCAAGAUAAAGAUGCUUAUUUUUUAAAGGAAGAAGCAUAUGAUGGAAAGGAAGAAAUUAAAUUUGAUGAUAUUUUUUCUAAAGAAGAAACAAAUGAUGGAAAGGAAGCAAGGCUUCAAAAUAUCGGUGAAGAAUUUGAAGUUUCUACAAUAGAAUCCUUAUCGAAGAAGAAUGAAGAAAAUGAAGAAAAUGAAGAAACAAAGUUUCGAAAUUUUGAAGAAGAUUCUGCAAAGAAAGUUUUCGAAGAGGACAUUUUUUCUCAUGAAUUGAUUCCCAACUCGGGAGAAAAUGAAGAUAUGGACAAAGAAAAUGAAGAAAUGGAAGGCAGCUAUGAAGUUUCAGUUCCUAUUUACACUCUUUCGAAAUCUCAAAUACCAAAUCUGAAAUCGCUCGAAUCAGAAGAAAAACCCAAAAACGAAGAAAUUAUUAAAUUAAUUUCGAAAUUAGAAGUGACGCCAUCUUUCCUUGUUUUUUGCAACGAAAAAAUUCGAAACAACGAGAGGAUUAAGAAUUUUAAGCAAUUUCAGUUUUCUAAAAGUUAUAACAAAAUUUCGCAGAUCAAGGAUGUGAAAAGGUCUUCGAAUUUGGCAGUGGAAACAUUGAAAUUGGCUACAAAACGAGCAAGAAAUUUAUAUGAAGGAGCAAAAUCGUUCAGAGAAAAGAUGAAACCUUUUGAAGAACCUAAAAGAGAAGAAGAAAAUUUCUACCUGAAGCAAAAAAGGGAAGCUGAAGAUAUUAAAAAUGAUCUUUAUGUUAAAGAGAUUAUUUCUGAAAAAAAGGUUUUGGGAUCAGAAAAUUUUCUUCUGGAGAAGAAACCGAAAUUUUUGACAAUUUCUAAUUUCAAAAAAGAAAAAUCUUUAAACCCUUUUCCAGAAGUCAGGGAAGUGAUGACUUAUCUUUUAAAAAAUGUAGAGAAGAAUCUCGAAAAGAAGGUUGAGACUUUCAAUUUGGAACAAAUAAAUGAGGAGGAAGAUUUUAAAUUGCAAUUUGAAAAUCAUUUUUCGCUGUUUAGUCUACUUCCAAUUUUUGUUAUUAUUUUUUGGUGUUUCUAUUCAUCUAUAUAUGAAGUAUAAGUUCUUUUGUAUAUACUGUUGUUUAAGUUUUGGUAAGUUUACAUACUGUUUUUUUAGAAAGGCCCUGAAAAAAAUAAUUUUGACUUUUUAAAAACAUGUUUACACAUUUAGCAAUAUUUAUUGAAGAUUUACAAUCGUUAGCUUAUUAUU